AUGUCUUCAUGUCUUUACAUCUUAGAUGAAAAUUUGGAACCAUUAAUAUCAAAGAAUAUCAAGUCUAUACCGAAUCUGAACACUUUAGUGGAAGUGUUCCAAGAAGUUUACAGUUCUAAUGCUCCUCCCAUUGUGUUUAAUCGCAAUUGGUAUUUCAUCCAUACGAAAAGGGAUUCUCUAAUAUUCCUCUCAGCAAUACAUGGUACUGAUGAUAGUGCCAAUGCCAUGAUGAUUACGGUUUAUAUGGAUCAAUUCUAUCUCUUGUUGAAGAAAUAUUUGGGUGUUGCUCAAUUGGAUAGGAACCUGGUCUUAGACAACGUUCUCUUGGUACUGGAAUUGCUUGAAGAGAGUUCAGAAUUUGGUGUUCCUCAAAUGACAGAACCAAGUGUUAUGAAAGAUUACAUCCGUAUCAAAGUCAACAAAUCAGAAACGCCAAUUGAAAAUUCAGAUCGUGAUGACGAUGAUAAAGAGGGUGAUACCACAGAUUCUGACGACGAUACAGUGCAACAGGGGUUGGAAAGGGAGGCCCAAGAAAAGAAGAAACCUAAACUACCCAAGAGCAAGUCACUAUACGAUUUUUUUCAAAAGACAAGUAAGACAGCAUUUAGUAAGAAGGACAAAGAUGGUAUCCAGGAAGGGGAAGACUCGGAAGAGGAACCAGAUCUCUACAUCAAUAGUUACCUCGUCAAGACUACCACAAUGCCCGUUUCAUGGAGAGCUAAAGGUAUUCAUUAUGGUAAGAACGAAUUCUUCUUAGAUGUAGUGGAGAAAGUUCAAUAUUUGGCAGAUUUUAAAGAAAAGGUAGUUAGGAAAAAUUUAAUUCAUGGUAAGAUCUAUUGUAAAUCAUAUUUGUCUGGUAUGCCCAAAUUAAAAAUUGCAUUAAACAAAUUACUACAGCGAGAUGCUCAAUUUAUGUCACAUUCGAAAUUCCACCAAUGUGUUGCAUUAGAAACGCUAAAUGAAAAAGAACUUGAAUUUAUCCCACCUGAUGGUGAAUUCAUUCUAUGUGAAUACGAAUUAAAGAGACACGUUAACGAUACCCCCAUACUUAAGAUCACGUCAUUUGAAAUAAAACCACAAUUGAAGAAAUUCAAAUUGCGAAUACUAUUAACGAUAGAGACUCAUUUUAAAACCAGAAAUUCGACCUCGAUACUGAAUGUCAAAAUACCGUUGGCAAAACUGUUUGCCGAUUAUAACAUAGAUUUAAGCAAACCUACCAGAUUCAAAAGUGCUGCAGGCCAAGUACUGUUCAAUUUAAGUGAUGAUUUCCUGCUCUGGGAAAUUGGACAGAUGAGAGGUGGUCAUGGUGAAACUCAAUUUUCCAUGGUAGCAGAAUUCUCACUGUUCAACAAGGAGGAGUUCGAAAGAGAGCAAGAAGAGAGAAAACAUUCAAUGAAUCCGCCACCGUUGAGGGAGGGUCCUAAAUUAGAAGAGCUAUAUGCUCAGACUCAUAGUCAAAAGGAUCCCGAGGUACUAGUAAAAUCCAUCCAAUCUCAACUAGUAGGGAUGGAUUUCGAGAUCCCAUAUACUACUUGCAGCGGAUUAAAAGUGGAAUACUUGAAAAUUGAAGAAGAACAGUUACAAUAUCAAUCCUUCCCCUGGGUUCGAUACAAAACUAUCAGCGACGAAGAAUACGCUUAUCUGACAUGA